AUGACUAAGACACAAGCUAAGCCACGUCUGAUUCGUUGGAUCUUAUUGUUGCAAGAGUUCGAUAUUGAGAUAAAGGAUAGAAAAUGGAGUGAAAAUCAUGUGGCCGACCAUCUUUCACGCAUGCAUAAUAACUUGAUUAACUCUGGUCAUAAUACUAUUCCUGAUUCUUUUCCUUUUGAGUUUGCUUAUGAACUGACCUCCGCCAGAGCUGGAGACUUAGCUAGAGCUGGUAGCCUUGCCAGAGCUAGAGACUUAGCCAGAGCUGGUAGCCUUGUCAGAGCUGGAAGCCUUGCCAGAGCUGGAGACUUAGCCAGAGCUGACAGCCUUGCCAGAGUUGGAGACGUAGCCAGCGCUGACAGCCUUGCCAGAGCUGGAGACUUAGCUAGAGCUAACAGCUCUGCGAGCAAUGUGCAUUGGUAUGCAGAUAUUGUUAACUUUUUGGCUUGUGGAGUAGUCAGACCAGAGCUGACGUCGCAGCAGAGGAAGAGAGGAGCAGCAGCAAGUUCUGAAAAUGUGCCACGAAGAUCAUUGUGGUGGACAUUUUGGGUGACAGAAGACAGCGCACAAAGUUCUUCAAUCAGGUGCCAGAGAGUAGGAAAUCUCGGCCGAAGGAAUGAGAUGCCCAUCCAGAGCAUACUAAUUGUCGAAAUUUUUGAUGUAUGGGGCAUCGAUUUCAUGGGGCCAUUUCCUACUUCGCAUAGAUUGAGACUUCCCAGAGCUAUCAUUAGCGAUGGAGGCAAGAACUUUUGCAACAAGUUGUUUGCAAAGCUCAUGAAAAAGAAUGGAAUCACGCACAAGGUGGCAACACCAUAUCACCCGCAGACCUCUGGGCAAGCUGAGACAAGCAAUCGGCAUAUCAAAGGCAUUCUAGAGAAGACAGUGCAGCCCUCGCGCAAGGAUUGGUCUGCAAAGCUGAAUGAUGCACUCUGGGCGUACAGAACUGCCUUCAAGGGCGUGCUUGGGAUGAGUCCUCGUUUAUGGCAUGGCUUGUCAUCUGCCGGUGGAGAUUGA